CGUGCGAGGAGAACCCGGGGCCCUCCGGUCGUGCUAGCGUGAGAUCCGGCGUCUGGUUUCGGGGCGGCGGUCGGUUCGAUGGUGCGGGAGACGGGGUACUACGACGUGCUGGGGGUGAUCCCGUCGGCCACCGAGGCCGAGAUCAAGAAGGCCUACUACGUCAAGGCGAGGCAGGUCCAUCCCGACAAGAACCCCACUGACCCCCUCGCGGCCCAGAUCUUCCAGGAGCUCGGCGAGGCGUACCAAGUACUCAGUGACCCCGCACAGCGUCAAACAUACGACUCAUAUGGGAAAUCUGGUAUUUCAACGGAAACAAUGAUUGAUCCGGCAGCUAUUUUUGUUAUGCUAUUUGGUAGUGAGAUUUUUGAGGAUUACAUUGGUGAACUGGCGAUGGCAUCCAUGGCCUCACUCGAUAUUUUUGGUGAAGAUGAACAGAUUGAUGAAAGGAAGUUGCAAGACAAAAUGCGUACUGUACAAAGGGAAAGGGGGGAAAAACUAGCAGAAAAACUGAAGAAUAGAUUGAACGUUUAUGUUCAAGGAAACAAACAUGAAUUUAUCCAGAUUGCUGAGGCUGAGGUGUCGAGACUUUCUGAUGCAGCAUAUGGGGUUUAUAUGCUGAGUACUAUUGGUUACAUGUAUUCAAGACAAGCUGCCAAGGAGCUUGGAAUAAAAGCUAUCCUUUUGAGGGUUCCGUUUAUAGCUGAAUGCUUUCGAAACAAAGGUCAUUUUAUUAAAUCCCAAGUGACAGCUGCAACAGGUGCAAUAGCUCUUAUGCAGUUGCAGGAAGACUUAAAGAAGCAUCUUAGUGCGGAAUGUAAUUACACCGAGGAGGAUCUUGAAGCUUACAUGAAGAGUCAUAAAAGUGUUAUGGUUGAUUCGUUGUUGAAGCUUAUUGUUGCUGAUAUAGAGGCAACCCUGUCACGUGUCUGCCAAAUGGUGCUUCAAGAUAGCAGUGUUAGGAGGGAGGAACUGAGAGCUCGAGCUAAAGGAUUGAAAACUUUAGGCAAAAUAUUCCAGGAUCCUGCCUUUGGACGGUUGAACUGUCUGAAAACACUGUCAAAUGUUUGUGGAAGGAUGCUGCUGAUCAGGUGUAUAUGUGGGAAAUUUUGAGAACAGAAUCAGGGGAUUCAUCUCACCUUUUGUGCUAAAAAGUAAUCGAUGGCUUGCAAGUUUUAAUCCUGAGCAUGUUCAGUUCCUCCAUCGCUCAGCUCAACUAUGAAAUGAUGUAUCUA